AUGAUCCCGACCAUGCGAGCAGUCAUUCUGCUUUUCUGGCCAGACCCGCCACGAAGCACCAAGAUCACCGAGCGAGCUGCACUGGUCCUUACUGGCGAUUCUACUCUCCUGAAAUCCGGCCCUGUCGCGCGCCAAGCUCUCUCCGAACACAGCCUUCCAGGCUACGAUAACUGUGACAGGAUCGUGCACAUCCCCAUGCCCAAGGCCGUGGAAUUUCUAAUCCAGCCUGACAAGCGGGCGGUCGCAGCAAAUCCUGCCCUCCAGGCACGAAAUGGGCACUACGCGGCGCAGAAUCGAGCGGAGUGCUUGUUGGAGGCGCGGGAGAGGGUGAGACUCGCGAAGGAGGGGAGGAUUGGUAAAAAGGCUAAGAGCUAUGUGGAAUUUGAGCGACGUGUGGAGGAAUAG